UACAGGUAACUCAGAAAAAAAAAUAGAAGGGAGGGAGGAAAAAAACCCCACCAGGGCUUGUUAUGGAGUUCGUGUGAAAGAAACACGGAUUUUCCACCCUUCUUUACCAGUUAAACCAGUAUCUCUGGAUAGAGCACACUGAAGUACUGGAACAGUUUUUACCCUUGUGGUCCCUGAUGGCUUCGCACAGUGAUACUCUGGUGGUGUUCUUUGGGGCAACAGCUGGUGCAAAUGGGGGUAAACUGGGUUCGGAUGAGAGGGAAAUAAUUCUCUUGGUGUGGCAAAUUGUGGAUCUACAUGAGAAAAAGGUCGGGAAGCUUCAUAGAUGUCUUGUCAAGCCAGACACUUUGGAGUUGACAGACGAAUGUAAAGAAGAGACAGGCCUGGAUUUGGACGAUUUCCUCCAAGCAGAACCUCUGGACAAAAUUCUGCAACAGUUCCAGCAAACAGUAUUGUCAGAAUUGAAAGCCCUUGGCAGGACCUCCUACACACUUUGUAUCAACAGCCCCCUGAUCAUUCGACAGGCCCUCCACCCCGAGGCCUCCAAAAAGAACCUUGUCCUCCCUGAAUGUUUCUUUUCAUUUGUGGACCUGAGGAAGGAGUUUCACAAAUGCUGCCCCAAUGCUGGCCCUGUGCAGAAGCUGUCCCUGCCCUCCAUGUUAGAAUAUGUUGGUCUUCCUCCUGUGUCAGAGCAGGUGACAGGAGUGAGAGAGGUGAGGAACAUGGUGCAGCUGAUGCUUCACAUCCUGGCUGAGCCCUACAAUCACAACAUCUCCUGCUUUGAAACAGUGAAGUACAAGUUUGAAUCUGGCACAUGCAGUAAGACUGAGCCAGUGGACAGUGAGACGGUGAUCAGAGCGCGGGGUCUUCCAUGGCAGUCCUCUGACCAGGAUAUUGCUCGCUUCUUUAAAGGCCUCAACAUUGCCAAGGGUGGUGUGGCCCUCUGUCUGAACGCCCAGGGCAGGAGAAAUGGCGAGGCCCUGGUUCGCUUCAUCAACCCUGAGCACAGAGACCUGGCCCUGGAGCGCCACAAGCACCACAUGGGCAGCCGCUACAUUGAGGUCUACAAGGCCACGGGGGAGGAAUUCCUCAAGAUCGCUGGAGGCACGUCCAACGAGGUGGCCCAGUUCCUGUCCAAAGAGAACCAGGUGAUCAUCCGUAUGCGGGGGCUGCCAUUCACUGCCACACCUCAGGAUGUACUGGCCUUCCUGGGUCCUGAGAGCCCUGUCACAGAUGCCACUGAGGGCCUGCUUUUUGUCAAGUACCCUGACGGACGCCCCACUGGCGAUGCCUUUGUGCUGUUCUCUUGUGAGGAAUACGCCCAGAACGCCCUGAAGAAGCACAAGCAGAUCUUGGGGAAGCGAUAUAUUGAGCUGUUCCGCAGCACGGCUGCUGAAGUGCAACAGGUUCUGAACCGCUACAUGUCCACACCUCUGAUCUCCACGCUUCCCCCUCCACCCAUUGUGCCUGUCCCGGUACUCGCCACACCUCCUUUCCUUCCAACAUCCAGCAACACACGGGACUGUGUCCGCCUCCGUGGCUUACCCUACACUGCUGCCAUCGAAGACAUCCUGGAGUUCAUGGGAGAACACACUAUUGACAUCAAACCCCAUGGAGUCCACAUGGUCCUCAACCAGCAGGGUCGGCCAUCUGGUGAUGCCUUCAUCCAGAUGAAGUCGUCUGACAAGGCCUUUAUGGUGGCCCAGAAGUGCCAUAAAAAGACGAUGAAAGACCGUUAUGUGGAGGUGUUCCAGUGCUCCACAGAGGAGAUGAGCAUUGUCCUGAUGGGAGGAACCCUCAACCGCAGCGGAUUGUCCCCCCCACCCUGCAAACUUCCCUGUCUGUCUCCGCCCACAGCCUACGCUGCCUUCCCCGCCCCAGCUGCCGUGCUGUCUGAGGCUGCCCUAUACCAACCCCCCCUGCUGGCAACCCCCAGACCCCCACAGCCCACCACACACAGCCCGGCUCACACCCUGGCCUACUACCCGCCUCAGCCGCAUCUCUACAUGAACAUGAACAUGAACUACACCGCCUACUACCCCAGCCCCCCGGUUUCACCCUCUACAGUCAGCUACUUUGCGGCUCCACCUGGAGCAGUGGCAGCAGCGGUUGCAGCCCAGCCCCACCCCGCUGCCGCCGCCUCUCCCAUGCUGCCCCAGCACGGCGCCCUGGUCAGGAUGCAGGGCCUACCCUACAACACCGGGGUCAAGGACAUCCUCAGCUUCUUCCAGGGCUACCAGCUCCAGCCAGAUGCCGUUCUUGUCUUGUACAACCUCAGCGGCCAGUGCAGCGGCGAGGCGCUGGUCACCUUCCCCAGUGAGAAGGUUGCCAGGCAAGCCGUGGCCGAGCGCUCCAACUACCCCUUCUGUGGUCAGCAGGUCUGUUUGACCCUCUGUAACUGACUAGCCCCGUUUACGUCACCUGCCGCCUCUCUCCUCCUUUAUUGAUCUGCUACUACUGAUCACCAAGCUGCUGGUUGUCAUCUCCACAAAGAACGAUGUCUUUGAGGCUCCAGGCUCCAGUAGUUCCCAGCACAUCAUGGAAGAGAGUUUCAUUUGCUGUUGAAUGUUCUCCCUCUUCCAUGAUGUGAUUUUACCCAAUUCCCUUGACACUGCUGGCUUUCAACACCGCUGGGUCCACUGUGAAGAGUUUGACGUUGUUGUCAUGUCAGUCUCUCUCCACAGGUAAUGGUGAAGAAAUUACUUUGCCAGCUGUUUUGUGUAUUUGCAGCUUAUACUUGUGUGACAACGUGGCAGUAGUGCGACCUGGAUGAACUCCAUCAACAGCUCUGCACAGACCAGUGCAAUCUGCUUUUGUACAUUUGUGAAUUAUAUGUGCAUCCCCUGUGUGCUUAUAUAUCUAAACGUCUGUGUAACAAUUUAGGUGUUCCUCACUGAAAUACAUUGUGAGGUUAGCCUCACCUGACAAAAGCACAAACCACCUCCACCCUCAUUAUUUUCUAUGUAUUUUUGAGUUUUCACUCUUGACCACUACACAAGAUAUUUCACACCUUGCAGAGUUGGCGAUCCUUUGUUUUUCCUGCAUGUUCACACAGUUUAAUGUACAAGCAUGCUUAUUGUUUCUUCAUUUGAUGUUGCCUUCUGGCUGUGCAGUGUCACCAGUCUAUGAAAAAAAGCCAUAAGGACCUAACACAUUGAAUACCACUGGAAUGGACAGCAGAGGGAAUCUGAAGCUGUACUCUUUGACUGUCAUGGCUUGAUGAGAACGAAGCUCGAGCCGCAGGGACUUCUAGUUAAACCUUCAGCAACAUCAGAUGUGCCUUUGUACCAGCUACUUUGUAACAUUUUGUUUUUCUGUAAAAAAAAAAAAAAAAAAAAAGCAUUUAUGUAUGACAUAAUGUUGUCCUAUUUAGUCUGUGCCCAAGCACUGUAGAUUUAUUUCUUGUUGCUCCAAUCAGUUAAAGAUUCAAGAGUGUCUUUAACAGACUAGCAUGCCAAGUUGAUUCUAUUUUUAUUAAUCACAUUUCCUCGCCAAAGUGGAGAUUUUGUUAUUUAAUGUGAAAGGACAGAGGCAUAUCCUGAAACUUUUUAAAAAUGGUUGACCUCAGCUAUCUCUUUAGUUCUUGUUUCCAGACUAUUUAUAAGGAAUCAGCCGGUAGCGCGCUUUAAUUCUCUCCUGUUUUAGACCGCAACACUGUGGAAAGCUGCAUGAGUUCCUUUUCCUGUGACAGGGCUGCUGACAACUCUUUGGUUUUUCAUCUUUGCUGUGCCUACAAUACCCAGAGUGCAAUACUGGCCCAAAUGAGGCUAGGCCAACCUCUGGUGGCAGAGGGAGAUAUUUGUUUCUUUUUGUUGCAAGUUUAUCACUUGUAUGAAUUUAGGACUGUGCAUAUGACUGUAAACAAUAAAGAUGUUGAUAUUGA